GGCGCACACUGUCCAUGGCUGCCCGGGGUAACUCGCUGGACAGGCUUGCAGCAUCAUUCGAACACGUAGUGGCCAAUUGACACCCAACUUCAUUACUUCAUUAGUAACUUCAGGUGUAAAUCAGUAGCGGUGUGAAUUAAGCUGAGCUGGGUUGCAGGACACCAGUGUUGCCAGCAAUGGUUCCAUUGGGUUUCCCUGGUUUCCAGGUUCCAGAUGUCGGCCCGUCACAAUGGGCCGUUGUCCGGAGGUUGCGGGCCGCUCGGCCGAGGCUUCCGCCAGCGCACAGCACGGCCCAACAUGGCUUACGGCUGAGACUCCCUGUAAGAUGCACCUCUACCCCCGACUCUGGAUCCUCACAUUCCUCCUGCAAGCUGCUUCAGCUUUAGAAAUCGAAGACAUCCAGAUGCCAAAAACUAGGUUUGAUGCCAAUGAAGGUGACAGGCUCCUUGUCCCAUGCUCCUUCAAAGCAGAUGAAACUGUCCAGUCCAGCGACCUGCGACUCGAGUGGGGUGUCAUCAUGGAGCCCAGCGGUUCCUACCGACCCAUCUACCGCGUGGUGGGGUCCGUGCUGGAGCCCAUCACCGAGCCGAACCCGUACGAAGGCCGCGCUCAGAUGUUCAUCUCGCUUAUUCCCAAGGGGAACUGCUCGCUGGUGCUGCAGCCCGUCCUGGCCAGAGACGCCGGGCAGUACGAGCUGAGGUUGUACUCCCAGGGCGAGAUGACGGUGAACGGACAAAAAGUCGUGGUCGUUGUCCACAGUGGGAAAGCAUCAGGUUCUCUGAAGGAAAUGAAGACGGGAACAGCCUCUGUGAAGGACAGAACGUUGGAAGGGGUGAAUCGGGAUACCUGCAGAGAAUUUUCCAACUUCGACAAGCACUUGGUGACUUUAACGAAAGGCAUAAACUCGGUGUCUACACGGACAGGCGUGUCGACGCUGGGUCUGGAGAUUGUCGCUGGAGUCGUGACCGGAAUCCUCCUGGUGGGCACCGUGGCUGGUAUCCUGUUCUGUUGCUAUUUAUACAAGGGGCUGAAAGCUCUCAGGAAAGGAAAGUCAAGGCGCCAGAAGUGCAGGAAGUACUGUCGGAAAUCGAAGCACCGCCAUCCAUGCACGGAGGAUCCGGUCACCAGGGAAGAGGAGGUGUUUCAAGUGGAAACCCCGGAACCGACAAUGUCAAGCUUGCCGGAGCAAGGCGAACAUCAGAGAGCAUCAGACACCAAUUCAACGUUGUAUGGAUUCGACAUGUUGCAAAGCAACUAGCGUCAGGCCUCCUGCCUGUAGGUGGCGCUGAGCCAGUCUGCCGUCAUUGGUCAUUUUCUGCAAUGCUGUUGGUCUCCAGCAGAUGGCGCUGCACUCCACACUUCUGUCUUUACCUCUUACCUUUCCCAUAGCCGAUCAGAAACUUCACCAAACUACUGUUUGGACUGUACACAGUUUUUAGAAAAUUAAGUAAAAAGAGAUGAUUACAAUAAACUAUUUAUUUAAAGUAUGCUGUCUCACAGUCGGGUUUCUGUUGGAGAUUCAGACAGAAAAUGCUGGGGGAUCU